UUGCCUUCAAACGUCAUCACCGUGCUCCAAGCAACCAGGAACUGGUGUAGUGAUAAGAAGUUUUUCCCUCACGUAAUCUUUAAAUAACACUAAAAACGUACUGUUGCUUCUUUAGCCCGUUUUAUAUUUCGUUGAUCGAAUUAAAAAUGAGCAACAAAGAGAAGGAGGAGGACCCUGCGACCCUGAAGGAUGAGGGGAACACCCUUUUCAAGGCUGGGGACAUGAAGGGUGCUGCCUGUUGUUACAGCAAGGCGAUAAAGCUCAGCGAUUGCAAGGCUGAAAGGGCUGUUCUGUAUCGCAACCGCUCUGCAUGCUACCUCAAGCUCGAGGAGUACACCAAGGCAGAGGCUGAUGCUUCUAAAGCCCUGGACACAGACCCUGGUGACGUCAAGGCCCGGUUCCGGAGGGCCCAGGCCUGCCAGAAGCUGGGUCAGCUGAACCAAGCCUUCGAGGACUCCCAGAAGUGUGCCCAACUGGAGCCCAAGAACAGAGCUUUCCAAGACCUGCUGCGAGAGCUGGGAGCGCAAAUCCAGCAGAAGGCCAAGCAGAUGAACUCCACAGACGCACGCGUGCAGCAGAUGUUCUCCCUCCUCUUGGAUGCGUCGGCGACCGACUCGGACCGACAGAAAGCGGCCCAGAACCUGGUGGUGCUGUCGCGGGAGGACGCCGGCGCAGAGCAGAUCUUCCGUAACGACGGCGUGAAGCUGAUCCAGAGGCUGCUGGAGUCCAAGCUGGAGGACAUCCUGCUGUCGGCGCUCCGCACGCUGGUGGGCCUGUGCACGGGACACCAGUCCAGGACCAUGGCCAUCGUGAACGAGCUGGGCAUGCAGCAGCUCUGUGGCGUCAUGGGAACGGGGGCGUCUGCCGUCUCGCUGGCCGCCUGCCACCUGCUGCAGGUGAUGUUCGAGGCUCUGACCCAGGACAUGAGGAAGGACUUCAGAGGCAAGGACGAGGCCAUGCUAGCUGAGCCGUCCAGAGAACUGCGUUCCAUGCUACGCCACCUGCUGGAUAUGCUGCCCGCCACCGCCGUGUCCGGACCGGGCCGGGACAGCGCCAUCAACCUCCUGGUGAAACAAGUGCCGCGCAAAUGCCAGAAGAACCCCGAUAACUCGGUCACACUGUGGGUGAUCGACCAGGGGCUGAAACAGAUCCUGGAGGUGGCGGGGACGGUACCCGAGCUCGACCACGGCCCUGCGCUCACGGAGAACACCAACAUGAGCUGCUCGGUGCUGCUGAGCAAGCUGUACGACGACCUGAAGAGCGACAAGGAGCGGGAGAACUUCAGCAAGCUCUGCGAGGAUUACGUCCAGCAACACUUCAACCGGCCGGACGUGGAGAGCAAGCUGCGGGCGAUCCAGAGUGCCUCCACCCUGCUGCAGGGGCCCAGCGACACGGGGAACCAGGCCCUGGAGGUCCCGGGCAUGAUGGACGCCGUCAUCGCCCUGUGCGCCUCCAAGGACGUGAGCCACCAGCAGGUGGCGGUGGAGGCGCUCAUCCACGCCUCGGGGAAGGCCAAGAGGGCGUCGUUCAUCACGCCCAACGGGGUGGCGCUGCUCAAGGACCUCUACAAGAACAGCGAGAACGACCGCAUACGCGUCAGGGCGCUGGUGGGUCUGUGCAAGCUGGGCUCUGCUGGAGGGACAGACUUCAGCAUGAAGCAGUUUGCAGAGGGGUCCACGGUCAAGCUCGCCAAGCAGUGCAGGAAGUGGUUGUGUAACGACGCCCUCCCGGCGACGUCCCGCCGCUGGUCCGUGGAAGGCCUGGCGUACCUCACCUUCGACGCAGACGUGAAGGAGGACCUCGUUGGAGACCGGAACGCUCUGCGGGCCAUGUUCGAACUCGCUAAGUCUGAGGACAAGACGGUGCUGUUCGCCGUGGGCUCCACACUGGUGAACUGCACCAACAGCUACGACGUGGAGAAGCCCGACCCGCAGAUGUUGGAGCUGGCAAAAUAUGCAAAGCAGCACGUGCCCGAAGAGCACCCCAAGGACGAAGCCUCGUACGUAGAGAAGAGGCUGGGGAAGCUUCUAGAGGCCGGCGUGGUGUCUGCCCUGGUGUGCAUGGUGAGGCACGAGAGCCCCGCACUCACCGAGUCCUGCCGGGAGUGCGUCGCAAGGGCCUUCCUUGCGUUGGUGGAUCGUCAGCAGGACCGAGGGGCCGUGGUGGCCCAGGGCGGAGGAAAGGCCCUGAUACCGCUGGCGUCUGACAACACGGUGGUAGGAAAGGUCAAAUCGGCACAAGCUCUGGCCAAGAUCACUAUCACAUCCAACCCAGAGAUCGCCUUCCCCGGAGAACGGAUCUACGAGGUGGUCCGGCCCCUCAUCAGCCUGCUGAGUUUGGAGUGCACCCUGCUGCAGAACUUUGAAGCUCUCAUGGCGCUCACCAACCUGGCUGGCAUCAGCGAGCGUCUCAGACAGAAAAUGAUCCAAGAGAAGGCUGUGCCCAAAAUGGAGGGCUACAUGUUUGAGGAGCAUGAGCUGGUCCGUGCAGCCGCCACCGAGUGCAUGUGUAACAUGGUCCUCAGCACAGAGGUGCAGCAGCUCUACCUGGCGACGGGGAACGACCGGCUGAAGCUGCUGGUGCUCUACAGCGGCGAGGAGGACGAGAGGCUGAGGCGUGCCGCCGCCGGGACCCUCGCCAUGCUCACCGCCGAGCAGCCGGAGCUCUGCGCCCGCGUCCCCGCCACGACCACCCACUGGCUGGAGAUCCUGCAGGCGCUGCUCCUCAGCGAGGUGGGCGACCUCCGCCACCGCGGCGUGGUCAUCGCCCGCAACCUGAUGACGGCCGAGCGGAGCCUGGCCGAGACGCUGAUGGAGAGCGAGGCCCUGGAGAUCCUCUCCGUGCUGGCCAAGGGCGGCGGCACACCGGACCCCAUCGCCAAGACGGCGCAGAGCUGCCUGGACAAGGCCAUUGAGUACGGCAUCAUCCAGAGCAGCGGGGAGGCCGGGGCGGCCCGCAUCGUAGAGGAGUGAGGGGCGGGUGUGUGUGUGUGUGUGUGUGUGUGUGUGUGUGUGUGUGUGUGUGUGUGUGUGUGUGUGUGUGUGUGUGUGUGUGUGUGUGUGUGUGUGUCCAAAGUGUAUAGGUGCAGCAAAGAUAUGCUUUGUACCACAUAUUCUAACACGUGUGUCAUCAUUUAGAAAUUGGCUUUUAUUAGAAGCAGCCUGAUGUGUCUUACACUACCUGCGAUGUACUCUUACAUUGUCGUCACCAAGAAUGUUGGGAUGGAAAAGUAUACAAGUCUGGAUGUUUUUAUAAUUUUGUUCGCUAUUUCAUUCCAGAGAAAAAAAUGUUGCUGGUUAUUUCAUUCCGUUGUACUUUAAUCGAUGUGCAACCAAUUUUCACACACUUUCCUUUUUCAAUGAACUCCUUUAUCGGUUGCAUUUAUUUGUUGUAAUGGAGCGCACAACCAUUUCACUGCAGGCGUGUUUCUAACACAAUAUGACUGAAGAUGCUUUUUCUAUCUCUGCUGGGACAUUCCUUUUAUGUUGUAGUCACCUUUUUUUAUCAACUUUUAAAGUGCACAUAUAUAUAAUGUAUGAUAUUUAAUUUCUAUAAUGAUGCCAUACCAAAAUUGAUAAUAAAAUGACGUCACAUGUCA